CUAGGUUGGAGGGAUGUAGAACUAUGGUAGUUAAAGAGGGGGAGAGAAAGAAAGAGAUUCAAUGGAUUUUGCCCAGUACACUUGCAAGGUUUCCAAGAAGAUCCAGCAGGACAAGGAGAGAGGAUAUGAGGAAGGGGUAGCAUGGUCCAUUCGGGUUGGAUGUACCAAAAUAAGUGACCACAAAGGGCGAUGUGGCUCAAGGGAACCGGGCAGGGAUUUCACACAAGACCGCUGUUGUGUAGGGAGAGAGCGGCGGACAUCUAGGUGAUGCAUGCGGGGUCAGUGAUGCACCAAGACGAGUGUGGUGGAUUCCAGCAACCCGCCGCUGCAGAGAGCGAAGCCCGCUAGCUUACCGCCGGCCGAGAUGGCGCAUGGAUAGCGGAUCCCUUCAUACUACAAAACAUGACCAAGCCUUUAUAACAAAACCUGCAGUUUGGGAGCUAAACUAAGGAAUUCGAUGCUUGCACUAGCAGGAAGAAUACAAACCCGCAUUUCCAUUGAGACUCAGAGGCUUCUGGAUGAGAAAGGAUGCCAUCUCCAUAAAACCUAUCAUACAUAGCUAACGGAGAGGGCCAGCUUGCGUUUUUUCCACCAUACUAGAUUGGUUUGAGUAGGCAGGUUGUGAUUCGUGAACCACAAGCUGUAACGAUGUUGGUGAGAUGCCACCGGAGCAAGCUAUCGGUGUGGGCCGUUCUGUGUGUGCUCGUGUUAUGCUGGCUCUACAUUUUCCCAGUGUACAGACUCCGGAGCGACAAGGAGAUAGUUGAUGAAGUGCUGCGGCAGGGACAAGUAUGGCAGAGGAACCAGACGGACAUCGAUCUGUUCAGGAAGCUGCUUUCAGAGUGCUGUGACCCAAGGAGAAUGUUUGCGGUGACCAAGCAGAAUUCACCUAUGGGGAAGGUCCUGUGGUACGAUGGAGAGUUUUACCACUCACACACAGUCAACAAUGAGACCUACUCUCUCUUUGUGCAGGAGACACCUCUUCAGCGUCCCCUCAAAAAGUGUUCGGUGGUGGGCAAUGGAGGGGUCCUGAAGCACAGCGGCUGUGGGAAGGACAUUGACCAGGCUGACUUUGUCAUGCGGUGCAACCUUCCACCACUGUCUAGGGAGUAUGUUGAGGAUGUGGGGACCAGAACCAACCUGGUGACAGCCAACCCCAGCAUCAUUGAGAAGAGGUUCCAGAACCUUCUUUGGUCGCGGAAAAGCUUUGUGGAGAGCAUGAAGGCCUACGGCUCCAGCUACAUUUACAUGCCAGCCUUCUCCAUGAAGCCGGGCACCGACCCCUCCCUGCGGGCACACUACGCCCUUGCCGACACCUCGUCCAACCUCACCAUGCUGUUUGCCAACCCCGAGUUUCUCAGGACCGUGGGAAAGUUCUGGAAGGGUCGCGGAGUGCAUGCCAAGCGCCUGUCCACAGGCCUCUUCCUGGUCAGCCUGGCGCUGGGGCUGUGUGAGGAGGUGACGGCCUACGGCUUCUGGCCAUUCAGCGUUGGGCUCGACGAGCAGCCCGUCAGCCACCACUACUACGAUAACGUGCUGCCGUUCAGCGGGUUCCACGCCAUGCCUGAGGAGUUUGGCCAGCUCUGGCAGUUGCACAAGAGCGGCACACUGCGUAUGAGGGUGGGACACUGCCCACCUCGGGAAGGGGCUAUAUAAGACUCAAGGGACCCUCCCCUAAUAAAUCUUCCCUUCCUUUCGCUUACAACCCUCCAGCCCCCUGCGAUCGUCCCCAGCAAACCACCUGCAAACCACCCCCUUUUCUCCACCAUUAGCAUGAGAAUGUAACCCAUGGUUACCCACCCAGCCGAGAAAACCCCCACACACCCUCUCUCUCUAUCCUGCCCUCCAUCCACUCUCACUAUGUGUGUGUUUGUGUGCGUGCGUGUGUGUUGGAGUGCAGAGAGGAGGUCUACUAACGGUCUCAGCUGGGGCUGGAGGGUUCUUUGUGUGUUGACUACUCAAUGUGACAUAGGGAGCAGCUGGGCCCAAUGCCCCCACUGAGUCUUUGUUCAACAGAGACAGAAGGAACAAUCCUAACCAAGAGGUAUUCAUAGAAGUCUUAAGAGAACAGACUGAAAGACUUGAAACACAGAAGGAAAAAGGAAAGGAGGAACCAAGAUGUCCUGGUACCAAGGUGUCCUGGUACCUAAAUGUCCUGGUACUAGGCUAUGAGUGUCCUGGUACCUAGAUGUCCUGGUACUAGGCUAUGAGUGUCCUGGUACCUAGAUGUCCUGGUACUAGGCUAUGAGUGUCCUGGUACCUAGAUGUCCUGGUACUAGGCUAUGAGUGUCCUGGUACCUAGGUGUCCUGGUACCUAGGUGUCCUGGUACCUAGAUGUCCUGGUACCUAGAUGUCCUGGUACCUAGAUGUCCUGGUACUAGGCUAUGAGUGUCCUGGUACCUAGAUGUCCUGGUACUAGGCUAUGAGUGUCCUGGUACCUAGAUGUCCUGGUACUAGGCUAUGAGUGUCCUGGUACCUAGAUGUCCUGGUACUAGGCUAUGAGUGUCCUGGUACAUAGAUGUCCUGGUACUAGGCUAUGAGUGUCCUGGUACCAAGGUGUCCUGGUACUAGGCUAUGAGUGUCCUGGUACCAAGGUGUCCUGGUACUAGGCUUGUAUGAGAGCAGACUAAAAGGGAGAAUGAAAGAGGUCUUGGUACCUUGCUCAUUCGAAGGAGUUUGUUAUUUUUUGUCUUGAACAAAAACACUUCAUGGACAUCUUAAGCAACCAAUCAGCAUUGAGGUUCAAAGUAGGAUCCAAUAGAAAAGGAGAGUGAAGCACGAUAUCGAGCUCCUAGAAUGUUCCAUUUUACAGCCAAGCUGAACAGAUCCCUGUUCACUAAAAGGGAAGCCAAGAACAUUGCAGUGUUUGAUAUAUCCGUAUGUUAAUUUAUAUUUGUUAAUCAUGACUUUAAUUAUACAUGUUUUUCAUUUUAUAUAGGUUGAUGUUCUACGUUGAUUUAGUAAUGUUACGAUUGAGAGCUGAGUAUGUAUUGAAAUCUGUUCACAAAAAUCCACUGCAGAGAAAAAGAUGUGAGCUUUCCAAAUCAUGACCUCAUCUGUGUGUGUUCAUCGAGAGGUUGUGGCCUUGAAGGUUCACCCCCCGUUCACGCUACGAGUGCUUAUUGGUAUGGUCCACUUACAAACACACUCCAUUGACAAGCUACCAUAUCUUUCACUCUUGACUGAGUGAUGACAACACUACAUGUUUCUGUUCAGGUGCCGGACACCUGCUCACAUUGAACUUGAACAUUCAUACUCUUCUUCAUCACCAUCGUCAUCGUCCUCGCCAUCAUCAGUGUGCGUCUGAAUGUCAGGUCAGUGGCCUGAACUUUGCUGUCCUGCAUUUAUUUCUAGGUGUUUUUUUUCUGUCAUUCAUAACAGGAUUGGGAUCAAUUCCAUUUAAACUCGGUCAAUUCAGGAAGUAAACUGAUAUUCCAAUUGAAAUGGAAUUGACUCCACCCUGAACCGUAUACACAUACAAGGGAUUGAACAUAUGAUGUGUAGUAGGUGCUAGUUCUUCUGUCCUUUUGUCAUCAUCACCAAACAGUUGAGACCGUGGAAGAGGGCUGGCCCUUUAGGUUUUACAUGGACUCCUGUCUUGAAUGUUGGUAUGAUUCGUUUAUACGUUGUUACUGUCAUUGAUACUUUGGUUGUGCAAAUGUGACCAGUACCAUAUCAUGUCAUGGGCCAAUCUAGGUCCGCAUGGGUCAUGCACGGAGUCUAGCACCAACAAUGAAACAACAUUUUAACAACGUUUGGACUAACCUACAGGUACAGAACAGAUCAUGUGAAUUAUGAGGUUUCUUCAAACCCAUAUCUACUGUAUAAUGCAAGGUUUUUGUGCCUUCAGAAUUCACCAAGGCAAAGGGAAAUGCUAGACAUUACUGUAUGCUAUCUUUAGAAUGACAUGUUCCCUUGUCCCCCUUUUGAAGCUGAUUUCCACAAUCACAAUGUGACACUGCGAUGUCAUAGAAUAAUAUAGUACUACAGUAGAGAGGAGCAUGUAGGGAGGUGGUAAUACAGUAGUAUGAAUUACUUGAGCCAUUUGAAUGUUUGAAGUAUUUCAAGUGUGCAUCUGAAAUGGCACCCUAAUCCCUAUGUAGUGUAUUACUUGUGACCAUAACCCAUAGGGUGCACUAUAUCGGGAAUAGGGUACCAUUUCUGACGAUACCAAGUCAAAAUGACCCCCUUGACCUCUAUAUGAAAACCAUUUGACUAAGGAAACAAGUCCAGAGUCUUAGAUUGAGCUGGUUGUUGUUGGACCAAGUCAGUUAAUGAUAAGCCAAACCUGUUUAAAGUCUCUUCAUUGCCAGUCUUGAUGAAAACUUGUGCUCUCUUCCAACCAGGAAUUGAACUGUUGAUCAUUUUUAAAAACGAAUGUGAUUAAAUUGAUGACACGUAUUUGCACCUUCGGGCCCACUUUAUUUGGAUAGACUGGAUAGUCCAUCUGUAGAUGGUCUUAAUUACUAUCAACAAACUAUCUGUUGAGAAGCAACUGAUUGCUAAGGUUAGGGUAAAGGUUAGGGCUAGGGUAAGGCUUAGUAGAUAGUUAGUUGACAUGUUAUCCAAAUAAAGUGUUCUCACCGUCUGGUUCCUCUGCCCAGUAUUGUGAAUGAGAAAUCUUUUACUGUGUCUUUGCAGUAAGCAUGACUGUGACUCUGUAUGUGUUUUGGGGUUCUGACUUUCAAACUCAUUCUGUCCAUUAUUUUGUGAAGCACCAUAUUGGGUUGAUUAUGCCCAAAAGGAAAUAGUGCAAAUUGUACCUCAAUAUCGGUUUUGCUGGCAAUCCCUUUUAGCCUUAGUAUGGGUACCAGUCAUUUGCCAAAGGACAGAAGUGGCAAGGAGUGGAAUGUUAGCUAAACAUACUGGUACUCAGUCUAUAUUAGCCUACUCUGGGGUUGAAUUGUGACGUAAUGCAAACACAAUGUGACGUUCUCAGCUACACAGUGUGUGAGUGUGUGUGAGCGAAUCCUACUUCCUGUGUCAUGAAUAAGAUGACAUCUAGUUAACGAGGGCUUCUGCACAGUGGUACUUUGAAUCUUUCCUACGUAUAUGUAGAUGUGUUUUUAGUGUAUGCCAUUACCAGGUUCAUUUGGACAAUAGAUAUAAAUGUGUUUUCUUUGCUUUGCCUUGAAUUUGUUUUGGAAAAAUACUUUGGAAAGGAAAAAAGCAGUGAGGUUUUUACAUUAUUAAACUGUUAAUGUGUAUUCAAACCUUGUGUCAAUCACCUUACGUCAGCUCAAUGCUGUUUCUGGCGAGAGUACCCUGCCUGAGCAUGUUCGAAUACAGGAAGUCAAAAUGAAGGACUGAAAUGUGUUGCAUACACACCUGGACUAUGCCAAGAAAAUCAUUGCAUCCAAAUAAGAGGUAAACACUGGUAUCCAAUAAAGGUCAUAAUAUUGAAGCACUACCA